AUGAGUCGACAAGGAGCAUGGGGACGGGUUUUGAGCAAUUUUUGGAAAUAUGUUAGAAAUGAUAUGUCGAAAAAGGUGAGAUUUAGAAUGAAAAUAUGAAGUUCACGUGGAUUUUAAGCUCGAAAUUUGAGUUUUCGAGAAAUUUUGAACCAAAAAAACUUAUUUCAAAUUCAAUUUAUUAGUGCCAGAAAAUCUAGAAAAAAAAAAUUUUUUUUUUCAGAAUUACAUUGCCGAAGAUGCUCACGGCAAUAAAUAUUAUGAAAUUGCAAAUAGUCGACAAAAUGUUGGACGAGGAUUUGAGCCGCCAAAAAAUUCACCGAAAAUUGAGCCCGAUAUUGAAUGGCAAGCGUGGUUGAGAGGAACUCGCAGGUGGGACCUUUUUAGAGUAAAGAAUAGUUUUUAUUUCAAUAAAAAAAUUCCACGAAGAAAAAUUUCUAGUUCUCAAAAAAUGAAUUCUCUUAUUAAAAACUUUCUUUCCACGUGGUUUUCUCAAGAACAAAAAAAACCAAUAAUUUUUUGACCCCAAAAAACAAACAAAACUAUUUCGUCCUAUUUCAAAGAUCACUGUCCAAAAUGUGUUUUUUCUUCAUUUUUAUCACAUUUUUUUAGAUUUCCACCAUCUGAUCAAGAAAUUGCAUUAAAUCGACAAAAACAACAGGUUUGUCAUUUUCAAUUUUUGUGGCCCUAAUUUUUAAAGUAACUAAGUAAGUUACUUAACAUAAGUCAGUUGUUAUUUAGCCUAACUUCCCAUUUUUCUUCAAAAAAUCUCCCUUUUCUGUGUUUUUGUUCAGAAUUCUCUCUAGUUUCUCUGCGUAUCUUUGAGUGUAAAAUCUCUCAUUUUGGUCCUUCUCACGUACUUUUUCUUCUUUUUUUUCCGUUUUUUUGUGACAUUCUUAUCUAAAAAUGUUUACAAAAUAUAAUGUUUUUAUUGAUUUUGUAGCGAGAAAAUUGAAAUUUUUUGAACGAAAUUGCGAUUUUUGUGCCGAAAAAAUAAUUUUUGGGAAAUAUUUCACCUAUAAAAUCGCCAUGUUCUUUAUAAUACCAGAAACUUUGCCUAGAAACCCCUAAAUUUAAUUUCAGGCUCAAUUGGCUCAAGAUUCCAACACUGAAAAACGUGCACCAAUCGUAAAUUCAGAAGGAAUGGGUUCCGGAGAUCACAAACCCCAAAAAUUCCCAAAAUAUAAAGAUCUAGAAGUGACGCCUGGUUUUAGAGAGGAUAAAAAGUGA